AGGAUGUCAGAGCUGGAAAAGGCCUUCCGUAAAUUUGCCACGUAUGGAGACACAGCUGCCAGCGGCAAUGACAUGACAGGCAAGAACUUCUCCAAGAUGUUGAAGGAGUGCGGGGUGAUGGACGGGAAGGGCGUCACCAGCACUGACGUGGACAUCGUCUUCAACAAAGUCAAGAACAAGGGUGCCCGUAACAUCACAUUUCCAGAGUUCCAGGAAGCCAUAAAGGAGUUGAGCGCCAAACGCUUCAAGGGGAAGUCUCCAGAGGAGGCUCUGCAGGCAACACACCAGCUGAUGGAAGGCAAGGAGCCGGGCAACGUGGGAGCGACGAAAACGGUCGCGGCUGGGGCCGUGGACAGGCUCACAGACACCAGCAAGUACACCGGCUCUCACAAGGAACGUUUCGAUGAAAGUGGGAAAGGCAAAGGGAUGGCUGGCCGUGCAGACUUGGCUCAGAACACCGGCUAUGUUGGAAACUACAAGGGGUCCGGCACCUACGACAAGACCCACUAGCUGUGGGGUGCAGUCCCGCAGUGCAUUCUGGGAAGACUGACUGCGCCUUCUGUCCUAGAAGGGGAGGCAAUAAACAACUACUGCUCUGAUA